AUGCCUUCGCCGGCCGUCGCGACCGAGCCUGCGAACGUCUCCUCCGACGCUGCCUUGCCCGAAGCUUCCAACUUGUCCAAGCACCCUGAACCCGCACACGCAUUGACUCCACCAACCUCCGAGGACAACAACAUCAGAGUCGAUGAUGACGCCUCUUCCGACUUGUCUGAACUGGACCUUGACAUGGAAGAUGAGGAAGAGAUUGAACCAGACCAUUACUGGGGUGACGGCAAAGUCCCCGUCUUCAAGCCAACAAUGGCACAGUUUCGCGACUUCAAAAAGUUCAUUGACAAGAUCGACAAGUACGGCAUGAAAUCUGGUAUUGUCAAGGUCAUUCCUCCUCAAGAAUGGAGAGACGAUCAGCCUGCCCUCGACGAACUCGUAAAGACCAUCAAGAUCAAGAACCCAAUCUCGCAAGAGUUUAUGGGCACCCACGGAAUCUACACUCAAGCCAACAUCGAAAAGCAACGCUCUUACAACCUUCCUGAAUGGAAGUCGCUUACGGAGGAGCCCCAAUAUCAGCCACCUGCCAGAAGAGGAGAACGUCGCAGAAACCAAGCACAAGUCUCCAGGAGCGCUGCGACUAAGACUCGUGCUGCCUCAACCAGGACUUCGACCCCCAAAGAUGCUACAAGCAAGAGAAAGCCUGGUAGACCUCGCAAGCACCCUUUGAAGAAUGAGGAGGAUGAUGAAGACGAAAUUUCUUCAAGAGCCAGCCAAGUACCGCCAACGCCUACCUCUCCAGUGCUCAAGUCGACCGAGCCUUCCGAGCACACAACUCCAAGCAAACCCAAGCCAAAACCAAGAGGACGUCAACCAAAAGCAGGCCAGCAGAAAUCAGUCUCGUCUCGCAGAAUGAACAACACAACAGAGACCAACGAUGUUGUUGAUGAGGCUGCCUUCAAGGAUUUCGACUACCACAUGGAUGACCUCGAAGAAUUUACACCAGAGCGAUGCGCUGAACUGGAGACUGCAUACUGGAAAAGCUUGACGUUUGCUCAACCUAUGUAUGCUGCCGAUAUGCCUGGUUCUUUGUUCAAGGAUGAGUGCGAUGUCUGGAAUGUUGCAAAAUUGCCCAACUUGCUCGAUGUCCUUGGAACAAAGGUCCCUGGUGUCAACACUGCAUAUCUGUACAUGGGAAUGUGGAAAGCUACUUUUGCCUGGCAUCUGGAAGACGUCGAUCUUUACAGUAUCAACUACAUCCAUUUCGGAGCCCCCAAACAGUGGUACAGUAUCUCUCAGGAGGACGCUAGAAAAUUCGAGAAGGCCAUGAAGAGUAUCUGGCCCAACGAUUCGAAGGCUUGCGAUCAGUUCUUGCGCCACAAGACUUACCUCAUCUCUCCGGAGAUUUUGCAGAAGCAAUUCGGAAUCAAAGUCAACAAGCUCGUCCAUUACGAGGGUGAAUUCGUCAUCACAUACCCUUACGGAUACCACUCUGGAUACAACAUUGGCUACAACUGUGCAGAAUCUGUCAAUUUUGCGACCGAGUCCUGGCUCGACUAUGGACGUAUUGCAAAGAAGUGCGAGUGUGAGGCUGACAGUGUUUGGGUCGAUGUUGGAGAGAUUGAGCGUAAACUCAGAGGCGAACCUACUCCUGAGUAUUACGAGGAGACUGAUGACGAUGACGAGGACGAAAUGGAACUGGAUGGUGCGACUGAUCUUCCCAGUCCUCCUGCAAGUGUUGCAGGUAAGCCGCAAGCGCAAGCUCGUAAGCGCAAGCGUGAUCCCAAGGAAAAGGAUGCAGGCAAGAAGAAGAAGCGCAUCAGGAUCCUUAUCAAGGGUCCUCACAGAGAGCCUUGCGUCCUCUGUCCUAACGAUCCUCCAAACGAGCCCCUACUACCAACGGAUAAUGGCCAGAAAGCGCAUCGUUGCUGCGCGCUAUACACUCCCGAAACCUGGAUUAACAGCGAGGAUGGUGUGGAGAAGGUUGUCGGCGUUGCUGGUAUUGACAAGGCUCGCCUUGAUCUCAAGUGCAACUUCUGUCGUUCCAAGCGUGGUGCUUGCUUCCAAUGUCAAGCCAAGAAAUGCACUAGAGCGUACCAUGCAACUUGCGCGCUCGCUGCUGGUGUGCAAAUUGACGUCGGCCCUGUGCCAACCUUUGGCGAGGAUGGAACUGAAUACUUCGAAGAGGGCAUUGAUUUGAGAUGCCGCUUCCAUCGUUCUAAGCGUGGGAAGAACAUGGAUAGCGAUGCUUUGGAGAACAAUAAGCUCACCAACACCUUUGCUAGAUCUCUCAAGAAAGGGGACGCUAUCCAGGCUCAGUACAUGGGUGGCGAUAUCUUUGCAGGUAUUGUUGAGGAGAACCGUCCAGGCGAGAGCGCUGUCCUAAUCAACGUGCUUCCUUCUGGCGACCAAGUUGAGGUUGAGUGGAAGUGGCUUCUGGUGCUGGACCCUAUCGACUCUGAACGUCCUAAACCCUCGCCAACUGCUAUUCCCAUGCCGGAAGGUAUGAGCAAGCAGUCUGUGUCGAUUGGAAACCGCCAAGACGGCGUUCCCAUUCUGGAAACAACCUUCCAUGAAGACGCAAACUGGAAAUGGGCAGAGUUCCGUAACUUGCAGAAUCCUCCUCAAGGCUAUAGUACGGCUGUCAUCAAGAACCCUGAUCAGGUCAAAAUCGACUUGAACAAGCCUGACCAGCUGUAUUACUACUUGCCAAAGAAGUCGACAGAAGCCAAAGGCAGGUUUACUGACGACCCUGAGGGCCAGAAUCAUGUCUUCAUGGGCGAUUUCAUGGAGCGCGUCAAGCCUGCCAAACCUUUCAGACCUGUGGCGCCAUCAUACGCCGGAGGCUACACUGGUGGUUACACUAUGCCUCAAGUCUCACGACCUGUACAAGCUCAAAGCAGUGAACGGCCAUACACAUACAAACCCAAG